AGGUAGUGGCGCGAAUCCGGAGAUAUGAUAGAAAUGUCGAUUUAAAGCGCAAUCUCUCGCCCGGUCUACCUGUGUAUGGGUGGUGUAAACAAAGCGCUAGAGCCAUAACAGUCGUCAGGAAUAUAUACUACCCAUCGAUAAACGAAAGCCUCAACAUGGAUGAAUCUGGGGAUGUUGCAAAGUACCAGCAGUACUUUGAGCGUUUCGCGGUGGACGGUCAGCUGGAUAAACAGGGUUUCCGGUCUGUGCUGCAGUGUCUGGAGAUAGAUCCGCCCCAGAGAGUCGUGGACGACAUGUUCGCCGAGCACGACAAGGACGAGAGUUCACAGCUGAGUCAAGACGAGUUUUAUGAAUGGAUCAAGGACCGACUUAAGUCUAAGUCGGAGAUGCGCGACUCGCUGAUGCAGAGCCUGGACAUCCUGUUCCCGGGGACGGACCGUGUUCCCAUUGACGACCUCCUGGCCAAGCUCUCGGAACUCGGCGAAACAUUCGACGAAACCGAGGCCGCUUACGCUCGAAUGACGCUGGAGGAAUUCGACAGCAACAACGAUGGUGCUAUUGAUAAAUCAGAAUUGAUGAAUUGCUUUUACUCGGAUGAAAUGCCACAGGAGGAAAAUCCCGAGACUGUUGAAGAAACUGUCGAAGAAACUGUUGAGGAAACUGCAGAAGAAACCGUUGAAGAAACGAAAGAGGAAACUCAGGAAGAAACUACCGAAGAAACGAAAGAGGAAACUGUUGAAGAAACCACAGAGGAAACUCAAGAAGAAACCACAGAGGAGACAAAGGAAGAAACAACAGAGGAAACUCAGGAAGUGACAGAAGAAACGACAGAGGAAACUCAGGAGGUGACAGAGGAAAAGACAGAAGAAACAACAGAAGAAAGUAAGGAAGAAACGACAGAAGAAACCCAGGAGGUGACAGAGGAAAAGACAGAAGAAACGACAGAGGAAAGUAAGGAAGAAACAGCAGAGGAAACUCAGGAAGAAAAGACAGAGGAAACUCAGGAAACAACAGAAGAAACGCCGGAAAAUACCGCAGAGGUCACAGAAUAAUCGGAAAAUAACGAGGAUGCGUCAAUGUUUGAGAACCUUUCAGAGAUACUAACUUGAUAUUUUUGAAAUCCUCCUUACAGCAAAAUCAUAAACCAUACAACAACGGAAACAAUGGUGCACAUUUAAUAAAAGAACACUCGAUUACAAUUUUAUUUGCUUCCUUUAUUUAACGUUUUAGUGGUAGUAAUUACAAAACGUUGUGCUUUAGCGCUCGGCAUGUAUAUCACGAUUAAGGUGAAGAAUCUAAUGGACAGCAUCAAAAAGUUUUGUACGGAAAUUCUUCUAACAAUAGAUCGAGGAUAUGAAAAAAAAUCCUUCCCGUGUCUGCGACUGGACACAGAUAAGAUGGAAUUAAAUGGAGUAUCUCCACCAAUUGUGAAUCCGGAUAUCGUUAUCCUCGUUUGUGAUCUAGUCCCUGUAUCCAUGGAGACUGUGAUAUUAAUAAAUGUUAUCAAUAAGAACUCUUGGCCUAUUCAUACUAUGUUGGUCUUGUUGAAAUCAAUAUUUACACAUUGGGCAUAAUUAGUCUUUUAAUAACACUUGUGUUUAAGAACUACCCUGUGAACUGAAUGAACCUUUUGGAAUUCCCAUUACAGUUACUGAAAAUGUAUUAAUCAUAUUUGGAUUGUAUUUUUGCACUGCAAGCCAAGCAUUUUUUGAAGUAGUGAAAAUAUCAAGCUUUAUCCAGUAUAUAGCAUUUAUCUCUGUUCAUCACCAAGUUCUGUGUAAAUACCGACCUACAAUUAUGUGUUGUGAUUGUUCUAUCUCUACAUUUUACAUGUACCGUACAUUGUAGUUUCAAUUUUUUAUAAGAUCUCUCAAUAUAGUCAUAUUGACCACUAUAUAAAUGUGUUACAAUUAUAAUUUAAUAGAAUAUUCAAAUAAAAGUCAAAUCUAAAAA